AUGCCCGACCCCAGUGCAGCGGUCUGCCUGGGUCACCCCGACCCCAGACACCCAGGCAGCUCCGCAGGACAGCCCAUGACAGGUCCUGACGAGCGGCACAGCGGGGCCAGUCACACCGAUUAUAAUCAGCUUUGUAUUGUUUCAUUCUACUUCCUCCAUUUGAUAGAAUCACCAAAUUCAAAAAUUACUGGGCAGCAAAGGGGUGGGGGGGAGGCAGAGAUAGCGACAGAGUACCGGGUGACGGAAGAAAGCAGUACCAAAAAGAAGUUCCCGCUGAAGUACUGCUCUGGGGCCAGCGCGGCCGUGCAGCCCACCGCAGCUCUCCGAGUCGUUUUUGGCACAUCGUUGAGAAGGAGUGAUUUCAGGCCAAGCCUGGACAAGGAGUCAGAAGAGGAGACUGCCCAACCUGCUGGGGAGUUUGAAGUUCAAGUGGGAAGAGUCCCUUUCUCGCCUUUCCUUUAUGGAAAGAAAAAGCAGCUUCUUGGCAACCAUGAGACGGACAACAUGAACCAGAUCUAUGGCUUCGAGGGGGAGGUGAAGGCCAAGUACACAGCCCAGAUGUACGAGCUCUUCAGUGAGGUGUUCGAGUGGCUCCCGCUGGCCCAGUGCAUCAACGGCAAAGUGCUGAUCAUGCACGGGGGCUUGUUCAGUGAAGACGGCGUCACCCUGGACGACAUCAGGAAGAUUGAGCGGAGUCGGCAGCCCCCAGAUUCAGGUCCCAUGUGCGACCUGCUCUGGUCAGACCCGCAGCCUCAGAAUGGGCGCUCAGUCAGUAAGCGGGGCGUGAGCUGCCAGUUCGGGCCGGACGUCACCAAGGCCUUCCUGGAGGAGAACAAGCUGGACUACAUCAUCCGCAGCCACGAGGUCAAGGCUGAGGGCUAUGAGGUGGCGCACGGCGGCCGCUGCGUCACUGUCUUCUCUGCCCCCAACUAUUGCGACCAGAUGGGGAACAAAGCCGCUUACAUCCACCUCCGGGGCUCCGACCUGCGGCCCCAGUUCCACCAGUUCACAGCAGUGCCUCACCCCGACGUCAAGCCCAUGGCCUACGCCAGCACGCUGCUGCAGUUAGGGAUAAUGUGA